GAUGCUCUGUAUUUAGCGGCUCGAGGAACGCGGCUUCUCUUGGAGGAGCUGCGCUAGCAACCAAGUAGCAUCUUCUAAUAGGUACCCAAAAGAGAACGAGGAGUACGUUGUUUCAUCUUGAAAGGGGAUCCGCUUUCUUCGUGGGUUGUUUGUGUUUUUCCUCUAUUCAUAUUGAUGAAGAAUGCAGUUAAUAUACGUUAAGUAUUCACGUUCUACCGCCAGUACUGGGCUGAGCUAAUGUGAACUGAUCACUGACCGCGACAUUCAGAGAUAGCCGACUAAGCCGGACUGCCUUUCCGCGUGCCCGGCGUCUGUUCAGGGACUUCUGUGUGCAACUCUAAAGGAAACGUUCUUUUUAGUUGCAGCAAAUUCUACCAUUGGAAUUGCAUUUGACGAGCAAGUGAACGAAGUCAGCAGCUUGCCAUGCAGCCUGCGCCAUCAUCCAACACUUCUUCCUCUUCCAAACCCUCCGACGAUCUGGCUGUCCCCGGCAGCUCCGCGCAGCAGGGUCUGUCGGUAAGUGACUUGUCCGUGAAGCCACUUGGUCCGACACCUAGCCAAAGUCGUUUCCAGGUCGACCUUGUGACUGAGGGUGCCGGCUCACCGGCGGGAGGCAGCUUGACUUCGGCGCCAUCCUCUCCUGCCACCUCUAAACCCCAAACUUCUGAGCAGGAACCACCCGCUGCGGAAGAAGCUAAAGGUCGUUUUAGAGUGGUCAACUUCGCCGAUCCGUCCGGGGAUAGCCGGCCACCAGAUGUUCUCGGUAAUGAAGGACUCCAGAAUGGGGACACUGUGAUGAGCGAGGGCAGCCUCCACUCUUCCAGCGGUGGCCAGCAUCACUACUAUUAUGACACCCACACAAACACCUAUUACCUGAGGACUUUCGGGCACAACACCAUAGAUGCAGUACCGAGGAUCGACUUUUACCGGCACACGGAAGCGCCCCUUGGGGAGAAGCUGCUGAGACCAAGCCUGGCAGAGCUACACGAUGAACUAGACAAGGAACCUUUUGAGGAUGGCUAUGCAAAUGGGGAAGACAGCACUCCAAUGGAAACAGCUGCUGCCAAAGAAGCAAAUGAAAGCAAAGGAGUUGUAAAAUUUGGUUGGAUUAAGGGUGUGCUGGUGCGAUGUAUGCUAAAUAUAUGGGGUGUCAUGCUGUUCAUUCGCAUGUCUUGGAUUGUUGGGCAGGCUGGCAUUGGUUUGUCAUGUGUAAUCAUUCUCAUAGCAACAGUUGUAACAACGAUCACUGGUCUUUCUACUUCAGCUAUUGCAACCAAUGGAUUUGUUCGAGGAGGAGGUGCAUAUUACCUGAUAUCACGGAGUCUGGGACCAGAAUUUGGAGGUUCCAUUGGCCUUAUUUUUGCCUUCGCAAAUGCAGUAGCUGUAGCCAUGUAUGUAGUAGGCUUUGCAGAGACUGUUGUGGAAUUACUCAAGGAUAGCAAUUUACUUAUGGUGGAUGAAAUGAAUGACAUCAGGAUCAUAGGCACUCUCACUAUCAUUGUACUACUUGGAAUCUCUGUUGCAGGGAUGGAAUGGGAAGCCAAGGCUCAGCUUGUCCUUUUGGUGAUUUUGGUGGUUGCCAUCUUUAACUUUGUUAUUGGGACCUUUAUUCCUAUGGAGUCAAAGGAACCCAAAGGAUUCUUUGGUUAUAAAGCUCAAAUAUUUUUUGAGAACUUAGGACCGGAUUUCAGAGAUGAAACUUUCUUCUCCGUCUUUGCAAUUUUCUUCCCGGCUGCUACAGGCAUUCUUGCUGGCGCAAAUAUCUCAGGUGAUCUUGCGGAUCCACAGUCAGCCAUACCAAAAGGAACUCUCUUAGCCAUUUUAAUAACGACUAUCACUUAUCUUGGGAUUGCUGUAUCUGCAGGUUCUUGUGUUGUACGUGAUGCCACUGGGAACUUUAAUGAUACAGUCAGUAUGGGAAAAUUUUCAAAUUGUACAGAAGCAGCUUGUAAAUUGGGAUAUGACUUUUCUUCCUGUAAAAACAACAAAUGCAGUUAUGGCCUCAUGAAUGACUUUCAGGUAAUGAGCUUGGUGUCUGGGUUUGCACCCCUCAUUUCUGCUGGCAUCUUUUCAGCCACUCUCUCCUCUGCCUUGGCUUCACUAGUGAGUGCCCCCAAAGUCUUCCAGGCUUUGUGCAAGGACAAUAUCUAUCCAGGCCUACAGAUAUUUGCAAAGGGAUAUGGCAAGAACAAUGAACCACUACGUGGCUACCUUCUUACCUUCAUGAUUGCACUGGGCUUCAUACUCAUUGCUGAGCUGAACACAAUUGCUCCUAUUAUUUCCAACUUUUUUUUGGCCUCCUAUGCCCUGAUUAACUUUUCAGUGUUUCAUGCUUCCCUUGCAAAGUCUCCAGGAUGGAGGCCUGGUUUCAAAUACUACAAUAUGUGGGUUUCACUGACUGGUGCCAUUCUUUGCUGUGUAGUGAUGUUUGUUAUCAACUGGUGGGCCGCCUUACUUACAAAUGUCAUUGUCCUGGCCUUGUACAUUUAUGUCACUUAUAAAAAACCAGAUGUCAACUGGGGCUCUUCCACCCAAGCCUUAACAUACCUCCAGGCACUGCAGCACUCCAUCCGGCUAACUGGUGUUGAGGAUCACAUUAAAAAUUUCAGGCCCCAGUGUCUGGUGAUGAUUGGUACUCCUAAUUCCCGUCCAGCACUGCUGAACUUGGUGCAUGCCUUUACUAAAAAUGUUGGCCUUAUGGUUUGUGGCCAUGUGCGAAUGGGUCCUCGCAGGCAAGCUUUUAAGGAACUGGCCAAUGACCAAGCCAGGUACCAGCGCUGGCUUAUUAAGAACAAAACCAAAGCAUUCUAUACCCCUGUGUAUGCAGAAGAUCUCCGGGAAGGUGCCCAGUUCUUAUUGCAGGCAUCAGGUUUAGGAAGGCUAAGACCCAACACACUUGUAGUUGGCUUUAAGACCAACUGGAGAGAUGUGGAGAUGAAAGAAGUGGACAGUUACAUUAAUAUGAUCCAUGAUGCCUUUGAUUUUCAGUAUGGAGUAGUUGUCAUUAGGAUGAAAGAAGGCCUUGAUAUAUCCCACAUUCAAGGACAAGAAGAGCUCCUUUCUUCCCAUGAAAAAACAUCUGCUCCAAAGGACAUUAUAUUAAGUGUAGAUCAUGGGAAGGAGUCCGAUGCAGACUCCUCUAAAGUGUCAUCUAAAGCCACCAGUGAGCAUAACAGCCCCGCAGCGCACAAAGAUGAAGAAGACGAUGGCAAAGCUCCAACACAGCCACUGUUGAAACAAGGCAGGCAUCCCAUGCUUGAAGCCAAGAGCCCUGCCACUCCUCUGAAUGUUGUGGACCAGAAGCUUCUUGAAGCCAGCCGACAGUUCCAAAAGAAACAAGGCAAAGGAACAAUAGAUGUCUGGUGGUUGUUUGACGAUGGCGGUCUGACGCUUCUAAUCCCUUAUCUACUCACAAAUAAGAAGAAAUGGGAUGAAUGCAAGAUCCGAGUGUUCAUUGGGGGGAAAAUAAAUAGGAUAGACCACGACAGGAGAACGAUGGCUACGUUACUGAGCAAGUUCAGGAUAGACUUCUCAGAUAUUAUGGUCCUUGGUGACAUCAAUACCAAGCCAAAGAAAGAAAACAUUGCAGCAUUUGAGGAAAUGAUAGAGCCAUUCCGGCUUAACGAAGAUGAGAUGGAGCAGGAGGCUGCAGAUAAAAUGAAGUCUGAGGAACCAUGGAGGAUUACAGAUAAUGAACUUGAACUUUACAAAAUCAAGUCCUAUCGGCAAAUCAGGCUGAAUGAACUGCUGAAGGAACAUUCAAGCACCGCUAAUCUGAUUGUCAUGAGCAUGCCGCUGGCACGUAAGGGUGCUGUCUCCACUGCGCUCUACAUGGCCUGGCUCGAGACGCUUUCCAAGGACCUGCCACCCAUCCUGCUUGUGCGUGGUAACCACCAGAGUGUCCUCACCUUCUACUCCUAAGCAGAGCUCAAGGAGAUCCUUCCUGGGCAAUCCACUGGCUAGUCACACCUUUAGGAAGUCUUACUUAAUAGACUCAAUCAAAGACCUGAACAAGAAACUCUGCUGAUCCACCAGCGAAGGCGACAGAGGUCCGACGUGGGGCGAAGCUCCUCCAGAUCCACUGGCUAGAAAGCACAAAGAAGGCAGGCGAGAGUCACUGCUUUCAGAUUUGCAGCUCUUAGUGACACCACUUUAGGAAUCUAGUGAUCUUGUGCAAAUAGUUUUGGGCUGAAUGUUCUUAUUUGACAAUUGAGGCGGCUCUCAUUUGUCAUUUGUUUUUUUUGUUUCCAAGUCCGACAUGUUUUGCUACUUGAAAAGCAGCAAUAAUUCCUUUAGUUUUCCUUUACUGGUUGAGAAACUCAGAACCUUGCAUAAUGCUUUGCAAAACCUGUGUAGCCUUACUGAGGUGCCUUCAACGUAAAUUUAAUGAUGAUGAUGAAAUAUAAAUAUAUAUAUAUAUAUUAAUUAACCAAAAUGUUCUUCAUAUGCCCUGAUUUAUAUUUCUAUUUAAAUACCAAUAUAUUUUUAUUGAAUGUUGAAUUCUUAGUUCAACUGAAUCUUCUGAGCUGCGUUUCUCGUUCAUUUUCUCACUUUUUGUCUUCCUUGGAGUUGUUCAGCAGCUCUGGAAUGUCUAGACUACUGAGGUUUUAUUGCAAUGUAAAGGGAGGGAAUUCCUCCCAACUCUAGCAGAAAACAGGCAUUUACAAAACUAAUAAAUAAAUAAAUCAAUCCCAGAUCAGCAAAUGUUUGAAUUGUUCCAAAAUCCAACAAAAGCACAGGUCGUCGUGUUUGUCCCAAGACACUCAAGUUGGUCGCCGUCCCGUCACAGCACAGCCACCCAUCUGUCGCCAGGACUGAUCAGCGGGCCCAGCACCCCUCGCUCUUAUUUUUGGCACCACAGACUUGUCAGAAUGUGCUUGGCGUGUGUGACCCUUACGUGGUUUUGCACUUUCUCGAUGGCCUUUAUCUAAAGGGUGUUUAAGACUGGCAAGUGGCAAACAGAUGCGAUAGUCGGUCAGUCAGUCUCACCUUCCACCUCGACAGCAGCACAGGAACGGGGACACGGUGUACGUGUACAGAUGGCAGUUACGGACGUAACGCUCGUCUUGUGUUGUAAGCCGCUUCAUCGUGGUGUGUGCUAUAAAGCAGAUAUGCAAGUGUUGUUAUUGUAUGAAUGUCAAAAACUAGACAGAGGGAGCCACCGCUUCACCGAUAGGACAAAUCCUGGUGGGACUCACUGGAUGUUCGUCUGUUCUUUGGUUUUUCUUUCCCCAAAGCUCUAGAGUUUGUCUAAAAGGCCAGGCGAGUGUGUGUGUGAAUGGCGGUGUGUUCUUCACAGGUACGCCACUCGGUAAGCUGACUGCCUGCAGUUCACUAAGGUGCUAUGUAACAAUGAAGCACACCGCGUGGUCAUUUGGGAGUUUCAAGAUGUGCUCGCUGAUCCAAACCACAAGAAUCAAGAUUGUUUGAACGUUGAAAAGAAUACCAAAAAAGAAAAGAAGAAAAAAGGUUUCUUUAAGCAGCAGGGGUCCAAUUAUGCAUCUCGACCGUAUCACACUUCUGGGUAAGUCAGCUGGGGGUGACGUCGGCGGUUUUGCCGACUGAGUGUUUGUUCCUCUUUUGUCUUUUUUUACAUGUGAACGGCGUGUGCUGCCACUUCACUGACGCCUGUGCUGAAAGCGCUAAGCAGAGCUUAACAGAAGAGGGCCUGGCAUUGGAGUUUGAGGCCCUCCCAGUCCCCCCGAGGUUCAGUGGCCGUUAACACCCCUCAUGUCCUGAAGUUGGUUUUGCUACUUGAAUGGCGACAAAAGGGUCCAGUUGGUGUGUUUUUUCCCAGUGGUCCAGAAUCAGGUAGGAGGGUCUCUGCCUUGUGGACUUGUUGGUGUCUGCGUGCUGCCCAUGCGACACACUCGGUGAUGGUGGGUCAGAAAACCGAUGGAGGUUUGACGACGGGUCUGCUGUUGGAGCCUUUUUUACUUUUGUCGGCAACUCUCCGCCUGUUUACUUUGUAGCCAAAGCUGCGUGUGUCCCUGUGUGCGUGUCACUGUGCGCGUGUCCCUGUGUGCGUGUCACUGUGUGUGUGUGUGUGUGUCACUACCGUCAUUGUAAAGCUCGUCACUCACCCAUGAACUACAGUGAUGCUCAUUCCUAGUCUGCACCACUUUCAUUUGUGAUUAACCUGUAAAUACCUAGCGGUGUGGUAGACACACAAGUGACUUCUUAUUAAUGACAGAUAAAUACCCAAUGGGCAGGACUAUUUAUUUUAUUUUAUUUUUCUUCUUUGUAAUGUUUUAUGUUGAUUUAUGUUGGGGAUUUUUUUUUUUUGCUCUUUUCAGAUGUGUCUCUUAAUUAACUUAUACAGUGUUUCUGUACAUUUCUAUCUUUUAUAAGCAUUUUAAAAGAAGCGAUUAGCGAGACAUUUAACAGCCCCCCCCACCUGACUGGGUAGAGUUAUUGUACUGAAAAUGAGUGAUAUUGUAACAUUUUGAUAUACUGUACUGUUAACUGUCACAAAUUUGCUUUUCUAAUAUUAUUUUAACAUUUGAGUAUUACAUAUACUUUGUACAUCUUGAUUGCAAUAAAGGAAAUUCAACCGAGAA